AUGUACGUAUCGUUUCAGAUCAUCGGUGAACGCGAGUAUGCUGUGCGGCCGACAAGACGACCUUCAGAAGAGUUACAGACUGGACAACCAUUGGAUGUGAUAGUACAACAGUUCGACGAGUUCGUCAGAUCGCUGCAGGUGGAUCCACACUCACCGCUAUUCAGGCUCGUCACGGAUGGACAACCACCUUUAAGGCAAUGUCUCCACCCAGAAGCUUGCAGCAAAGAGCUCUCGCUGCCAACAUACUACGCCCGAUUCCACGACCUGCGCAAGGAGUAUGUCCGUGCAUACACGCUCCGCGCCGUGGCUGGGCCACGGCCCCAUGCGCCUCCUCCACCGCCCCCACCAGAUCAUCCCACAUCACUCUUGGAUAUGCUCAAUUAUUUAGGUAUAACUCCGUACAGCGGGGAGAAUUUCUACGCUGCAGAAGUUAAAGAUAUGUCCAGCAUCAUACAAAGGAUAAUAUCAGACGGUUUCCGGUUAGAACUGCCCGAGACUGUCGACUUAGUUUUAGAAACUGGUAUUUGUGGUUCGCUUUCGGGACUCUUUUACACUUUUAUCGGUCUUCGGCAGCAACUUAAGAUAACGAGCUCAAAGGACGAUGAAAUAGAUGGUAACUGCAUAGUGCGUGCUCGGGGAUUGCCGUGGCAAUCGUCGGAUCAGGAUAUCGCUAAAUUUUUUAGAGGCCUCAAUGUUGCAAAGGGUGGCGUAGCUCUGUGCCUGUCGCCUCAAGGUAGACGCAACGGCGAGGCGCUGGUGCGGUUCGUGUCACAAGAACAUAGAGACAUGGCGCUCAAAAGACACAAGCACCAUAUAGGAUCACGGUACAUCGAGGUGUACCGUGCUAGCGGAGAGGACUUCCUGUCAGUUGCUGGGGGAGCAACUUGUGAAGCUGCUGCAUUCCUCUCGCGUGGAGCACAGGUCAUCGUGCGGAUGAGAGGUCUACCUUACGAUGCCACACCACAGCAAGUUCUGGACUUCUUCUCAACCGGUGAUGACCCCGUCCAAGUGUUAGAUGGCGCGGAAGGCGUACUGUUCGUCCGGAGGGCUGACGGUAGAGCCACUGGCGACGCUUUCGUCCUGUUCGCCAAAGAGACUGAUGCCUCUAAAGCUCUCUCACGACAUCGCAAGUCCAUUGGGGCGAGAUACAUUGAACUAUUUAGAUCUACAACCGCUGAAGUGCAACAGGUCUUAAACAGGUCAUUAGAGCCCCGCACGAGUCAAACCAGCACACCUUCAACUGCCCCUGCACCGGCUGAGGGUCUGAUGCCAGUCACGCUGGUUCCUCAGCAUGUCAUCACAUCGGGAACUGCUAAAGACUGCGUCCGGCUCCGGGGACUGCCUUACGAAGCUCAAGUGGAACACAUAUUGACCUUUCUGGAUGAGUUCGCAAAGAACAUAGUAGUGCAAGGAGUCCACAUGGUGUACAACGCUCAGGGUCACCCGAGUGGCGAAGCUUUUAUUCAAAUGGACAGUGAAGCGAGUGCUUUCCUCUGUGCACAGCAGAAGCAUCACCGUUACAUGACUUUUGGCAAAAAACAGCGGUAUAUCGAGGUGUUCCAGUGCUCCGGCGAUGAUAUGAACCUGGUCCUGACCGGCGGAGUUACCCCUGCUACGUCUCCAAAGGUUCUAUCCCCCGGUCCCCUGACGUACUACUACCCGGCAAUGGGACCCACUCUGCCACCACCCCCUCUGGUCUAUUGGGGGUAUCCUACGCCCCCGGUAUCACCGGCUCAUUACUACCAUCCACCACACCAUCCCCAGACCAUGAUACCAGAAGUAGUAUCAGUGGGAGGUGGGUCGCCCAUCCCCAUACCACCGCCGGCCGCGUGCCCCGAAUGGCCAAUCUUCAUGGUCAACUAG